CCGACGUUUUUUUGCUAAGAUAGAACUUUAAUCAGAUGUUAAAAAUGGAUAAUUACAAAUCACCUGAAAUAAUAUAUCAAAUGUAAUUACACCUGCACACUGGAUGAACGAGAGAAUACUACAUUAUUUGUUAUAGUGAUCAUAUCAAUUUAACGACAUGGCCAACACACUUGAGUUCGUGAAUAUGAAGAUGCUUCGAACUGCACUUGUGAUUCUUGUAGUAUGCGUUGGAACGGUAAACAGUGCGACAGUUUGUGGUAUAAGACAAAUAGAUACAAAUCAAGAAAUAUGCUGCGGACAAAAACCUCAUGGAAGGUUUAAAGAUGGACACGAGUUAGGAUGCUUAAAAGACAUUGUUUUUGACCAAACUGUUAUGGUUGCUUGUGGAAAUCGACUCGAAAACAGAACAAUUGUGGAAAGGGAAUUCCCAAACGACUUCAUCUGCUGUUUUGGCCAGUUUCAUGCAAAGGAAAAUUAUGACCGAUGCUGCCAUGGUGAACAGGAACGAGUGUACACGCAUAGACUCCAAGCGUGUUGCAGUGGUGUUGUGGUUGAUCGCAAGGUUGGAACAGCUCAAGUGUGCCACGGAACGACACUGAUAGAUAGAAAUGCGAGACGACCUAGAUUACUUCAAUGCACAGGACAAAACGGACGAAAAGCAGAUUAUGACCCAAGCAGCUAUGUAUGCUGCAAACAAACCGGUUUGAUAUUAGAAAAAACAGGACCAGGGCCAUAUUUUUGUCACGAUGAUGGCGUAUUUAAUUCAUAUCAAAUGCAACUGUUACGUCUAGAUAAUGGCACUGAUGUUGUUGUCCAGAAAGGCAUUACAAUGUGUGGGAACGCUUUUAUCACAACAUCAAGUCCAUUUAGUGACAUCUACUGCUGUGACGGUUUUGUUCAUCAAUUAGAAAAGAGCGAAUGGAAUACAAUGGAAUGUUGUGGGACAAAGAUAUAUAACUACACAAUACAAUCAUGCUGCAACAAAGUUAUUCUCAAAAGUGAUAAGGGCUGCUGCAAUGGACAUACACCUUACAUUCUGAUGGCUGAAGACUGUUGUGAAAAUAAAGUCAUCGACAGAUCCGAGGAAUUGUGUUGCAGAAACAACAUUGUGACGAAGACACAUCCUUCUCACUACGGAUGUUGCAAGAUAGACCAUGCAUGGACAUCCUACAACGAACUAGAUCCUCCAAAUGAGUGUCUUUUGACACAUCUGAGACAUACAUUGCACACCAAUCCGACAAGACAAGAAACAAGGUUGGGUGGGUAUCACAACAAAGCAGGUGAAACUACAGAGAGACGUCAAUUAGAAGAAUGCCCAUUUACAGAAUGUUACAAUAGAGAACAGAAACAACGUAGAGUCUGCAGAAAACUAUUUGAGCUGGACAUUUAUCUUGACGACGUAACUACUACCUAUGAUGGGUCAAAUCUUUAUAUAACACUUAUCCAGCCGGAUACAUUUGUUAACAACAAAGUCGCACUAUCUAUACCAUACAUAUGCCCAUGUCUCGAAAGUGGCCAUGUUUACACGUUAUUUACCAGCAGGGGAUGGGUUCGAAAAUUGACAGCAGACAGGAAUUUCUGGUCUUCAAACUAUCUAACAAUAAAGAAAAAGGAUUUUCUAGUAAUGAGAGGAAGCGGGGCGAACUCAUUUACAUGUACAAUAAGGCGAAAGCAUUCCGAUUUCUACAAUUCGUGGAGAGGGUCACCAAUUUUUUAAAAGAUGUGUAUUCAAGAAAACGGAUAUUUUUUAGGGUAUACGAAAACGAACUAGUAACAUCCAUGCUGAAACGAUGAAGGAAACAAUCCUAAUCAUGGAUCAACAUGAACCUUUAAAGAACAAGAGUUCAUGUAAGGUGAAUGAAUCGUCUGCCGCUUCGAGACCUGACAGCUACUUGCUUGUAAAAAAACUUAAAUUAAGGCGUAUUGUGACUGCUCACACAUAAGCAGAUGGUGAAGACAAUUUUUCCUAAUACGAAUCACUCUCAAAUCUAUUUCCAGAUUGUUUACGUAACAAAAAAUGGUAGUAUCAUAGAUAUAGAAAGAGUUAAAACAGCAUCACUGAGUAGCAUGAGGAAAUGGUAUGUGGUCACCAAGCCGUAUAAGUUGGAUUCCUAUAUACCCCCCCCCCUCCCCACCGGCAAAAGCCAAUAGCUUACUGUUGCGUUUCAUUGUGUCAAAAUGAGUGAUUUAUAUUUAGUUGUAUUGGUUUUUUUAUUUUUUAUUCUGUAUUGUUUUUUUCGUGGCGGGUUUUAAAAAAAAAACAAAAAACGUAUGUAUCUCUGUAUAUAAGCCUUUUCAAUAAAGACAUAGAAAUGCUCAGUUUUAAGUGAUUCUUCUUAACGUGUAAUAUGUAAAAGGUGCAUGUUCUAAAACUUACUCGAUAUUUAAAUACUCAUUUUUAUAGAAAAAAUCACCUAUUUGAUUAUAAUUUAAUAUUGUUUUAUGAAUGACAAAGUCAUUUAGAAUGCAGCCUUUUAAUUUUGCAAAAAAAUGCCUCGAACUGCUCAAAAUGUUUUAUUUUCUUUCAUGUAUUGAAUUAUAUUUGAUAGACUAACUCUAUGAACAUGAGCUAUGUAUAUAAAACACAAAAAUCAAAUCAUCAAUGACCAAGAGUUUUUUUGAACCAGGAUUAUGUAUGUUUAUUGUGUAAUCUGU